GCCGCACACACAUCCACACUCCUCGCCGGGCCGCCUUCCUCCCUCCCUCUUCCCCCUUCCCCUCUCCCUGCCGAGUGCCGCGGCCACUGCCCCUCCCGGGACCCCUUGUAAGCCGUCCGCGGCCGUCCAGGGUCGCACCGGCGACGGAAGCCGCCUGCAGCAAUUAGCCAGCAUCCCGGGGUCGGCCCCCAGAAGCACUCCCCGGCCCGGGACAAGGAUGAACAGGACAGGCGAGGCACAAAGUCGCAACUCAACUUUUUAGAAACAUUAUUUGCGUGUGUAUGUGUGUAGCAGGGGAGAAUGAGCUGAUGCAGAGGGUCCAGCCGCCCCGCCUCUGCCUCCUCCUCCCCCUGCCGCCGCUGCCCUCGCAGACGCGCGCGCACACACGGCACUUGGGCCGGGUUUCCGCGCUCCGUCUCCCGGCUUGGAUGGGGGUUUUCUUUUCCGAAGGAGGCAGAGCCCGCGGAGCGCGCUGAAGGGCUGGAGCCCCAAGUUACUCCUCGUCAGUGCUGGCCGCCCGCUGUCACUCGCGCUGGCUGGCCGGCGGAAGGGACCCGCACACCGGGCUUUGUUGUGGAAAUCCCGGUUACCUGGCUUAUAACCCACACCAUGGAUAACUUAUUGGACUUUGCCUGAAAGGAGUCAUUAGUGACAUUGGAUAUUUGACCAUCUUGGCCACAGUUUUUUCAGAAUGAAUGGAAGAUCAUGCAGCAUGAGUCUCCACCGGACAUCGGGAACCCCACAGGGGCCUAGGAUGGUCAGUGGCCACCACAUUCCUACCAUCCGAGCCCACUCCGGGACUCCUGGCCCCUCGCCCUGUGGCAGCACAUCAAGCCCCACUAUGGGAAGCCUUGCUAACAACCUCCAUCUCAAGAUGCCCUCAGGAGGAGGGAUGGCUCCUCAGAACAACGUGGCUGAGAGCCCCAUCCAUCUGCCUGCCUUAAGCCCCAGGAGACAAAUGCUCACCAAUGGGAAGCUGCGAUUCCAGGUCACUCAGGCUGGAGGCAUGUCAGGGUCACAUACUUUAAAGGCAAAGCAGCAGGAGUUUGGAAGCCCUUUUCCUCCAAAUCCUGGGAAAGGGGCUCUUGGCUUUGGGCCUCAGUGCAAGUCCAUUGGAAAAGGCAGCUGCAACAAUCUAGUGGUCACCAGCAGUCCCAUGAUGGUUCAGCGACUGGGACCCAUUUCACCUCCAGCAAGCCAGGUCUCUACAGCAUGCAACCAGAUCAGUCCUAGCUUACAGAGGGCAAUGAAUGCAGCCAACCUGAAUAUACCUCCUUCAGAUACCAGGUCCCUUAUUUCGCGUGAGUCUUUGGCGUCCACGACUUUGAGUCUGACAGAAAGUCAGUCGGCCUCCAGCGUGAAGCAGGAGUGGUCUCACGGCUACAGGGCCCUCCCUUCGCUUUCCGCCAACCACAGCUCUCAGAAUGGCAUUGAUCUAGGGGACCUCCUUAGCCUUCCUCCCGGGACAUCCAUGUCCAGCAAUAGUGUCUCUAACUCAUUGCCAUCCUACCUUUUUGGCAUGGAAAAUAGCCACUCUCCUUACCCUAGUCCUCGGCACUCAUCCACCAGGUCCCACUCGGCGCGCUCUAAGAAGAGAGCACUGUCCUUGUCCCCGCUGUCGGAUGGCAUCGGGAUAGAUUUCAAUACCAUCAUCCGCACGUCGCCCACGUCCUUGGUGGCCUACAUCAACGGGUCGAGGGCUUCCCCGGCCAACAUGUCCCCACAGCCAGAGGUCUACGGGCAUUUCCUGGGCGUGCGCGGCAGCUGCAUUCCCCAGCCGUGCCCGGUGCCCAGCAGCCAGAAGGGCGUGCUGGUGACCCCUGGAGGCCUGGCGCUGCCGGCCUACGGCGAGGACGGGGCCCUGGAGUACGACCGCAUGCAACAGCUGGAGCACGGGGGCCUCCAGCCAGGCCUGGUCAACAACAUGGUGGUGCAGCACGGCCUGCCGGGCCGCGACAGCCAGCCGGCCGGCCUGUUCAAGACGGAACGCCUAGAGGAGUUCCCGGGCAGCACCCUAGACCUGCCCCCCGCGCCUCCUCUCCCUCCUCUGCCGCCUCCCCAAGGUCCCCCACCCCCUUACCAUGCCCACCCGCACCUUCAUCACCCGGAGCUCGGGCCCCACGCCCAGCAGCUGGCCUUGCCCCAGGCCGCCCUGGACGACGACGGGGAGAUGGACGACGUCGGGGGCAAGCAUUGCUGCCGCUGGAUCGACUGCAGCGCCCUGUACGACCAGCAGGAGGAGCUCGUGCGGCACAUUGAGAAGGUCCACAUCGACCAGCGCAAAGGGGAGGACUUCGCUUGCUUCUGGGCAGGUUGCCCUCGAAGAUACAAGCCCUUCAACGCCCGCUAUAAACUGCUGAUCCACAUGAGAGUCCACUCCGGGGAGAAGCCCAACAAGUGUACGUUUGAAGGUUGCAAGAAGGCCUUUUCAAGGCUUGAAAAUCUCAAGAUCCACUUGCGGAGCCACACAGGCGAGAAGCCGUAUUUGUGCCAGCAUCCGGGUUGUCAGAAGGCCUUCAGUAACUCCAGCGACCGCGCCAAACACCAGCGGACGCAUCUGGACACUAAACCUUAUGCUUGUCAAAUUCCAGGAUGUACCAAACGCUACACAGACCCAAGUUCCCUAAGAAAGCAUGUGAAGGCACAUUCUUCCAAAGAUCAACAAGCAAGGAAAAAGUUGCGGUCCAGCACAGAGCUCCAUCCAGACCUGCUCACGGAAUGCCUCAGCGUGCAGCCCCUGCAGCCGGCCACUUCCCCUAGAGAUGCUGCUGCUGAAGGGACCAUGGGACACUCCCCAGGACCUGGGCCUGACCUCUAUUCAGCUCCCAUUUUCUCCAGCAAUUAUUCAAGCCGAAGUGGAACAGCUGCUGGGGCCGUGCCACCCCCACAUCCUGUCGGUCACCCUUCUCCAGGACAUAAUGUACAGGGGAGCCCCCACAACCCCUCCUCCCAGUUACCUCCACUCACAGCUGUGGACGCAGGAGCUGAGAGGUUUGCACCUUCUGCUCCAUCUCCUCACCAUAUCAGCCCCCGGAGAGUUCCGGCUCCUUCUUCAAUACUGCAAAGAACACAGCCUCCCCAUACCCAGCAGCCAUCAGGUUCACACCUGAAGUCCUAUCAGCCAGAGACAAAUUCUUCUUUUCAACCAAAUGGUAUCCAUGUCCAUGGAUUUUAUGGGCAGCUGCAGACGUUCUGCCCCCCACAUUACCCCAAUUCCCAGAGAACUGUGCCGCCUGUCAGCUCCUGCAGUGUGGUGCCUUCAUUUGAGGACUGCCUGGUCCCUACAUCCAUGGGCCAGACCAGUUUUGAUGUUUUCCACAGAGCCUUCUCGACUCACUCGGGCAUUACAGUGUAUGAUUUACCUUCGAGUUCCUCGAGCCUUUUUGGGGAGUCUCUCCGCAGUGGGGCUGAAGACACCACCUUCUUGCAGAUCAGCGCUGUGGACCGCUGUCCCAGCCAGCUCUCCUCUGUCUACACCGAAGGCUAAAAGCUCUCUUGGCCACUCCUGCACACCCAGGACCUUGAUGUUGCUUGCCACCUUUUGUUUCCGUACUCUCACAGACUGCAUGAGGAAGGAUGUCAGCCCAAUCAGCGGGACCUGCAGAGUUACUGAUGUUCUUUCGGAAGGCAGGACUGAAUGGCAGAGUUAGCUUUGCAGGAAUCAUUGCAGUUGCUCCUUUUUCUCUCUGGGUUUCCUGGACUAGGUGACCAGCAGGACUAUCUUUUCAAAGGGAAUUUAGAGCCUCACUCUACUGGAUACCUGUUACUUCCUGGCUGUCAACACUUAAAGGACACCAAUGAAAUGAUGUGCAUGUGAAAAUGUAGUAUGGGGAUGACCCUGUCUGAAAAUUCCAAACAGGGAAAAAGACCUCAAUUACCAGAGGCAUAGUGACCUGCCUCACCUAAUCCUCGCCCUCACUGCUCCUGAUGCAAAGCCAGGCACAACAAGGGAAAUCCAUGUCCAAAGCAUAGUGUGGUCUCAACUCUUAGAAACUCCCUGGGUUUCCCUUUUCUCUUAGCCACAUGCUAACCAGUUGCUUCUCGGUGUUUCUUCAAUAGCAAAGUAAGGUUUUAUAGGCCAGCAGCCUAUCUUUGUUUUUGCAUUUUAAAGAGUUGUUAUUUAUACGUACUUUAAAAUGAAAAAAAAAAUGUAAAUGUCUGUUCUUUGGAUGGAAAUCAUUAUUAUUGUAAUCACCCCAGCUAUAGACAUUUUGCACUGCUGUGGUUCCGCCUGGCCCCACCUCUGGCAUGUUAGUUUUGCAGUUAGCAAAGGCUACCUGAGGGAAAUGGAGUGGGCACCUCCCGCACCAACAGUCCUGUAGCUGGAACCUUCCUGGAUUGACUGUUUAGUGACUCCACCUCAAAGACUUUGUUCAAAGAAAAACACUGUUUGACUGGUUUACCCAUUGCCUCCACUCUGGUGCUGUGCCCAGAGAAGUGCCAGAUGUGAGAACCGGGACAGACUGAGUCGUGUGCCGGCUUCCCUUGGAAAACCAAACCUAGUGAUGCUUGACUUCCAGUGCACAGAUUUUACUAACAUUUUUCAGGAUAUCCACUCAUCUGUCUGUCUCUUCCCUAUACUUCUCUCCACCCUCCUUUUGCAUCCCUCUUACCCUCUUCCUGACUGUCAUUCAGGUACCCCCCCGCCAACCAGCCGCCAUUGUCUGAUCAUCUUGGGAAGGAAGAGGUGACAGUUCUCAAAAAGUCUACAGAAAGAAGCAAUUCUUUUUCUGAGUUCCAUGUUUGAAGGCCUGGAAUUUUCCCAGAGCAUUUGAUCGAAAAUAUCAAGCCUAAAUAGGAAGUCUUUUUUUUUUUUUUUUUUUCUGUGACACCUCUUGGAGGUCCCAAGUCCUAGGGCAUCAGCUAUAAAAAUUGGCCAGUCCCAAAGAUACAGUAAGUUCUAACAUUCUGGUACAAUCAUAUUUCAAGUAUUUUUUCUCACUUUUUAAAAAUGUUUUUCUGAACAAAAGUGAAACAAUGCCAUUUGUCAAACUGAGAUCAUUACAAUCUUCAACAAGACAACUAAAACAGCUUGAUGUUAGAUGGGAUUCUGUGACAGUCUGUAUAUUGACAGGUCCUUCCAGUCUCCCUCCACAGUCCCACAAUCGGAAGUAUUCUCCCUGAUUCCAGAGUUCAUUCCAGCAUGUAGUAGAAUGAGGUGAAUGAGGAACCAGGUAUGGGUUUCGUUUUCACAGUGCACUUGGUCAAUCUAGUUUCUCCGAGUAGUGGACUAUAUUCUAAGAAAAGCUUUCAUGUAGACGUCAAAGUCUGCAAAAGAGGUGAGUUAGCCACUUUGCAAAAACCUGCUCUGCUUUACAAAAGAUGCACAUCAGGCUUUCUUUACAAGUGAACUCCAAGGCUGCUUGUAAAGUACCACCCUUCUUGCAGCUUUGUGGGUCGUGUCACUUGGCCUAAGCAAGUGGCCUAACGUAUGCAUGCUCACAGCUGGUAGCAUCCCUCGUGCGUCCUUUGUCAUACUCUGGAAAGAAAGAAAAACUCUGCUAUCUUCAGAGAGACUGUCUAUUCAUACUUAAAUAGGGAAGCCUUUACAAGGAACUCAAAAUACAUUUCAUUUCAUUUGUACAAUGAGAAAAAAGAUGAAAAGGCAAGGUUGUUAUUACAGUUGACAUUGUCAGCCCUGCCUUUUGGCUUUAUGUAAUUUAAAGUAGAAAGGCGGAAGGAGGACAAAACAGAAUCUGAACUUUAGAAACCAUGGACACCACCUCCCUCUUUAAGAGGAGCUGCUUGUGAACCAGGCUGCAGUCUUCCUGUGGCCUCUCACAGUAACCCUGCCCCUUUCUUACCUCACGGGGGCUAGAAGGACUCUAUAGAGGGCCUAAGCAGUAGAGGCACCUGCAGCCCUUCUUCCUCAGCAGGACAUCAUUGUGGAGCCCCUGAGGGACAUUUGCGUCUCAGAGAGAGUAUGCAGGCAGCAGGACCCAGUGCAGCCCUGCUUCCUGCACCUUGGGUCUUUCCUGAUAGCUGCAGGCUUGAGAUUGCGGCCUCAGGAUAGGACACGUUCAGAUGCCUUCCAGGCUACACACUAUGCUUAGAUUCUAGAGUCUUUCCUGACCUUAAAAUUUGUCCCUUGCUUACUUUCACACUGCAGAAGAUUUAUAUAUAAGUCUUGAUAUGCAACCAUUUUCAUAAACAUCCAAACAGAGAUUGUCAUUCCCCUUAAAAACAGAAACAAAACAAAAAACUAAUGCUUGUGAAAACACACAGCACAAAGACAAUUAUCCUAUUGCAUUUAAAAAUAUCAGUCUGCCGGGAGAUAUUUCACUGGCUUCAUUGUCUUAAUUCCCUAAUGAAACUGCAUCAAAGUGUCAGUUAUAAUUUAGCCUCUGAUCAGCUAUUAAAUAUUACUUAAACCCCAUUACCCACGUCUCCCUCAAAUUACAUAAGCGAUAAUAAAGUAGAAAAAAAAAAGGUCUUUAUUAGAUCACAGCAGAGUUAUCACUGAUAACAGAGUGUUGACUUUGUUCAGUUGUUUCUAAAUUACCAGCCAUCAAGCACAGUAGCACCCUAAAACCAAUUUUGAGCAAGGAUAAAUUCAACUCCCUCAUCCGAGAACCCUGACUUUCCGGUUGCCUUGAAGUAUUGGGAAUAGUGACUAUAUGUUCAGUUUAAUUAUUUGGUAUUUUAUUUGACUCUCUUGGCCAUGUCAUUUUAUAGAAGCAUUUUUAAAUAGCACUUUUUGUUAGUGGUAUGGAAUUUCUGCGGUAACUUUUUUUUUUUUUUUUUGCAACUGAUGAAGCAAAAAAAAAAAAAAAAAAAAAAAAAAAAAAAAAAAAAAAACACUCAUUGGAGAAAUAGUGUAAAAAAGAAGAAAUUUAUUUUGUACAGACAGCAAAGUAUCCUGUGUAAUGUUGCUGACAUAAAGCACUUUGGGGGAAAAAAGUGGAAAUCUGUUUUCCAUAAAUCACACAGACUCUUGUACAUAGUUAUAUACACUCACGUAGAGAAAUGAACUGCAUAUAUCAUACUGGAUAUGGGGCCGAUUUUACUCUAGAGGCACAUCUGGUGCUUAUUGUCAUAAAUCUUUUAAAGAAUUAGGUACACUUUUUUCUAUUAAUAUGUAUAGUUUUGUGAUUUGUCACAGUUAUGUUUCAUAUAAUCAUAAGUUAUUUUGUCUUGUUCAUGAAGUCCUUUUUUUAUGUCAAAAGUAAAAUGAAGGGAUUGUGCACUUGGUACAGAAUAAAACUGGAAAUAGAGGAGACGCCCUCCUGCCUAAAAUCCUUCUUCAGCCUGUCGCUUUAAAACACAAUGGCAACCAUCAUUGUUUGUUUGUUUGUUUGUUUGAUUAUUUUGUUUUGUUUUACCAUCAGCCUCCUACAUACUGGGAAUGGUAAUUAAAAUUAAAGGCAGAUGAUGGGGGAGGGAAUGUUCAAGUCCAGCUUUAAAAUGCCGCAUUGCUUUGGGCCAGAGCUGCAGCCUGGAUUUAAUUAUAGAUAUGAGGACGAAAUGGCAGUAAAAAUGAAUGUCUCCCUGAAUCCUUUACAUGUUGGGAGUGUCCAUAAAUAAAACAUGAAGUUUUAUUUCAUCAGAUUUAA